UUACAGGUAGUGUUAAGAAACUAACAGGGAUAUGUGACUAUCAUAAUUGAAAUGGAACCUUCAAUUUUACAGAAUAAUGAAGAUGUAGGUAAACCACUGGAACUACCUGUUAGUGGUAAGGCUACCACUGGUCGAAUGUAUCUGGAGUUACUUCUGAAUAAAUCUAUGAAAGUCGAAAUAUCUGACGGAAGGACAUUGAUUGGUCAAUUUCUUUGCACUGAUGCUGAUGAAAAUAUAAUACUUGGAUCCUGUCAAGAGUUUAUUGGAAAUCCAAGUGACGAAAAUGCUGAAGAACCAAGACUGCUUGGACUAGCCAUGAUUCCGGGCCGUCAUGUCAAGACCAUGCACGUUGACAUGGACAAAAAGACGCAAGAAGAUAUAGAUUUUGUGACAAAAAAAGAGGAGAGGAGUGGAGAGUCACAAUAGCAGUUUUUAUAUAUUGAAGAAGAACACCUAGAAAUACUUGUAUUCCAGGAACUCAGUAAAUAUACAGGAAGAUUUAUACAUAAAGAUUUUAAGGAGAACAUGAUGAAAACAAAUUGAGAGGAGUUGCAACAAUAAAGACUUUUUUAUGCUGUUUAUUAGCUUGUUUUAAAAUAAAUUUGGGGUUUGUCACAUUUUUUUAUCACAUAACUUCGUUGGCUUUAAGUGACGAAAUUUUUGAGAUGACGAAAUGUGCGCCGACAAAAAAUUGAUUUCGACGAAUAUUUUGAGCAAACGAAUAAUUUGGGCUAAUUUAAAUUUUUUUGCAAACUCUAUUAUAUCGUGUUGCCACAAAAAAUGUGCAUCUAAGCCUAUUUUAAGAAAACAAAAAGUAAAAUCCGUCUCUGGGAAUGGGUAUACAGUGAAACCUCCUUAUAGCGGACAUCCUUUAUAGCGGACACCUCUCUACAACGGACACUUUUCUUGGGAACGGAUGAAACGACGGUCAAACUCUCAUAACAAACCCUCCAUGUAGCGGACACUCUAUAGCGGCCACCUCUAUAUAACGGACAUCAUUUCAAGGUCCCGAUUGACAUUUCCCCCUGGAACUGACUUCUCUACAGCGGACAGGUUUAAGAAUGGGUCAUACAAAACAAAAUUUUUGUCAAGAAUUUGUUUAUAUUUGCUUAAGACAAUGUUUUAUAUAUUUAAUAAUUCUUCAA